AUGUCUCUAUUAAAGUUAUCAAAUUUAUUACUAUUACAUAUUAUAUCACAGAUAGAUAAUGGAGAUACAAUAUGUUUGUUAACUUGUAAACGGUUGUACGGUAAUAGUAGUAGUGUUAGAAGAUUGAUUACAUUCAAAGGUAUUAGAGUUAUCACUGACAAGGGUCAGAUAUCUCUUCCUUAUCCGGUAUCACAACAAUUUCAAGCAACGGCUACUCGUUUCAAACUCAACACAUUUAAAGAUAUAUUGAAGAAUAGUAUAUCUGAUCAACAUGUCGUACAUCCAGAUACAGAAUAUUUCGACGACUAUCCUCAAUGGAUACAACAACGUAUCUCAUCCUCUACCGACAGAACUAGCUCUGACAAGAGUAGCAUUACAACUGUUUUAGUAAACAAUGACCAACCAUCAUCAACACUAAAAUCACUCUACAACGACAUACCAUCAGUCGAGACUCUAUUCAUCGACGGUACUAAACAACAACUAGUUUUUAGUUACGCUUCAAUCGAUCUUGGUUCUAUUGCACUGUUGCCUCGUCUCGAAUAUCUUUCAGUUUAUUGUGCAAAUCAGGUGAAACUUGGUCAACAUACAACACUCAGGUCACUGAAACUAGACGUAGGCACCUCAUGCACUCUCUCUGACUUGGGACUUAAAAGAUUUGUAUCACUGACCGAUCUAAGCUUCAAGAAUCAUUUUGUGUCUAGUAUGGGCCCAGAUCAAUUGCCAAUCAGUUUGACGUCACUCACUAUCAGAUUGAACAAGACACCUCCACGAGAUACAUUCCAUUCAUUAAAGCCGCUUGUCAAACUCAAGAUCACCUUGCAAAAUGUACCAGGAGAGGUAGAGGCGCAAGAACAAGGAUUCUUCGAUCUCGAACAUCUACGCAACCUCGAGACAUUCAAGAUUACCGACAACAACUACCACCCAACUGGUUUCAAGUACAGCAUGGAGAUUAGUAUCCCUCCUUCCAUCAAGACUCUUACAAUCCGGUCCAAUUGGGUGCGCAUCCCAUCACAGUGUGUCAUGCCAUUGUUGGAGACACUGCGUGUUGAUGGAAGCAUAUUUAUUGAUGGAAGAGUCAGUCUAAUAACAUGCCAAUCUCUCAAGAAAACUGGUAUUUACUACAAAUGUCAUUCGAUGACAUUCCCAUCCGACUAUCCACCCAAUCUUGAAACAAUCGAUCUACUCCGACUCAAAGUGGAUCACCUUGUUCUUGACAAUAUACCACCUUGCAUCACCAAGCUAUUGAUGCCAUUGACAAAAAGUGGUAAGCUGUGGCGCGGUGGUCCUCGAUUCUACUCAAUCACCUCUAGGUUGACCAAAGCCAUAUCGCAACAACCACAAUGGCUGCCACUCAAUACCACACAUCUAACAUGUAAACUAUGGGGAGAAUAUGCAGUAUUUGUGUUUAGAUUAGAUGAAGUGAUCAACCAUACCAAUGUUAGAGAUUUAUCAAUCAUUAUUGACAAUUUUUCUAGUGGACCUCUCACAACCUAUCAUUUUGCAAUUCAAAGAUUGGACGCAGACAAUAGAAAUGUAUUGGUAUUGGAGAAACAGUCACUUACAGGUGGAAUCAUCACUCAACGACAAAUAACAACAAACAAUCAACAACAACAACAAGAUGAUCAGCAGACACAAUCGCAGUAUCAUCCCAUCUAUUUACAUUUUGAAACCCGCUCUGACUCUCCUUAUGAAUUGAAAUGGAGUUUUGCCAAAGACAAAUAUAAAUAUGAAUAUAUCAAUUAUGAUAGCGAUGAUGACGAUUCUUCUUGA